UUGGGACCUUCAGAGCAAUAGGUGGAGCAUAAGCCCAACCCCACACGUGAGCUCACUGCUAGUUCAGAGGAGGGCGGGUCCGUGGGCCAGUCUGGGCAGAGGUGGACAAGACAAGCAGAACUGCAGAGACCCCAGGCUGCCUAGUGUCCGCCACUGCUAGGGUUGGAGCAGAGAGGAAGAGAUGCAGCCGGUGCUGUGGAUGCUGUGUGCAGUGUGGGUGACAGUCGAUGCUAUCACUGUGGAAACCUCACAGGAUGGUAUUCGGGCGGCCCGAGGAACAAGUGCCACUCUUCCGUGUAUAUACCGAACUUCUUCCAAUGAACGAAAUGGAUUUAUUCAGUGGGAUAAGCUUCUUCUGAGUCACACGGAAAGUGUGCUCAUCUGGAGUUUCGAUACCCUAGACUACACCUACGGCAACCUCUACAACAACCGCGCGCGGCUGGUGGGGAACACCCACCAGUCAAACGCCUCCAUCACCAUCGACCAGCUGACCAUGGACGACAAUGGCACCUACGAGUGCUCCGUGUUGCUAAAGUCGGACCUGCAGGGCAGCCCCAAGUCGCGCAUCCGCCUCCUGGUGCUGGUGCCACCUUCUGUACCAGACUGCCGAAUCGAGGGAGAGACUGUGAUCGGGAACGACAUCAAGCUGAGCUGCCAGUCUGCAGAGGGCUCCCCGGCCCCUCAGUACACCUGGAAGAGUUACGAUUCCCAGUACCUGGAACGGUCUCUGCCUUCACCAGCCUCAGACCAGAGCCUCCUUCUGAAGAACAUCUCCACACUCAUGUCGGGCUACUACACCUGCUUCUCCAGCAAUGAGAUGGGGAUGAAGAGCUGCAACAUCACACUGAUCGUCAGAUCUCCCUCCAUGAACGUGGCUCUGUACGCGGGCAUCGCGGGCGGAGUGGUGGCCGCCCUCAUCCUCAUCGGCAUCAUCGCCUACUGCUGCUGCUGCCGAGAUGGGGACAGCAAGGAUGAGGAAAAGGAGGCCGCAAGGCCGGACCGGGCAAUUUACCGGGCACCAAAAGAGCAAAUUCCAGAGUCUUCCAGGAGGAGAGAGGAGGUGGAUGAAGAUGGGCACGAACACCAAAGAAGCUCCGGGCGCCAAUCCCCAGGCCAUGCUGAUCAGUGACAGUGCCUGCUGCACGUAGGGGAGGAAGGGUGAAGGCUUCACCCUCCUGCUUGUCUCCCCUCGAACUCCCUCCCCAGCUGUUCCCCCCAGCCCCCGUCAGGAUACACCUGAGUGGCUGUAAAGAUUCCAUCUGAGCUGACCAUGUCAGCCACACACUCCCCACUGUGUGGUCAGGUCUGACCCUCGCCCUGCACCAGGCAGCAGCCCCCGCUCCCCUUCAGCUGGCCUGCUUCCCAAAGCACAGUUGUGUGUGCAGGCAGCCUGCUGUGAGCGCUCCAUAGAGCCAUGCAACCUCCAAAGGAGAAGGAGCCUCCCUGUGCCUGUGUGCCCAGCUGCUGGGGCUGCACUGGCUACAGUCUUGUGGAAGGAAGGAGUAUGUGAGGGACUUCCUGGUACUGCUUACUUUCCUCACUUGGGGGGGUCACACGUCCUAGCCUCUGUAAGCCUCCCAUGCCCGUGCACUUUCCUUCUCUGCCUUGACAAAUCCUGCCGUUCCUGCCAGCCCAUCUCUGAUCAUGAAGCUUUCUAUAACCCUAUGCUGAUGGCCCAUAACAGUGGGGACAGUUCUAUUGCUUUGUCCACACAAGAUCCUGGGCUCACAUAUGAGCUUCCUGGAGCAAGGCCUGGGUCUUACCAUGCCUGCUUUCUCUGCAGCCACGGGGUCUGCAUUUGGGAGCCUGCUUUGACACACUGGGCCUUCUUGAUAUGACUGUGGACACGAGGAUGUUCCCCACCCAAACCCAUGAGUUGGACAGCUGAUAGAAUUGAUUACAAAUGAACACACAAGCCAGGCACAGUGGUGCAUACCUGCAACUCCACUACUGAGGGAGGCUGAGGCAGGAGGAGUAAAAAACUGAGUCCUGCCAGGGCAACACUGAGGCCUUGUCUCAGAAAAAUAAAAAAUUGCUCAGGACGUAGCUCACUGCGAAAUCAGGCUGCUGUGAGAUCCUCCCACUGCUGCUCCCCUUCUUGCUGUCCUCUCCCCUCCUGUGGCCUGCACAGGUGGCCAGCAAUUCUCCUGCUCAUCAAUGUCUGGCAGCGGCUCUGCUCCAGUGGCUGGUGUCAAAUGCAGUUACUGUUAAGCAAAUGUUGAAUUUUCUGAAUAGUCAGAAAAGCAAUUCCAUCAAUCUGUUGUCCACUUGCAAUUUUUAAAAAAAAGUAUAUUUUUGUAUGUUUUGGUAAAUUUUUUGCUUCAUUUGAAAUGCUUGCAGGAAUAAUAAAAUUGACAGUGGAAGCUC